CAGAUGCCAAGGCGCCGAUCUCUUUCGAAUCUACCCGUGGGUACAUCAGUAUUGUAACAAUCUGAAAUCAUUACACCAGGUUCAAAUGGCCAGGUUUCCAGACGUAGAUCCCAGUAAAUUGCCUCAAGGUCUCGAGUUUUCUAUGGCUGCUGGGAAUUAUCUAGAGAUCUAUAAUGUCAAUGAUUCUUGGGAUUGCAUAGUAUCAUGUUUCUUCUUGGAUACUGCUAAUAAUAUAUUAGAUUAUAUUGAGAAAACAUGGAAUAUUUUGAAACCUGGAGGCUUUUGGAUUAAUUUAGGACCUUUAUUAUACCAUCAUGCUGAUUUGCCAAACGAAAAGUCGAUAGAGCCCAGCUAUGAAGAAAUUAGAGAAAUUAUAUUGAAAUAUGGAUUUAACAUGCUUAAAGAAGAAGUUAACAUUCCUACUCCGUAUUCACAAAAUCCACAUUCAAUGAUGUCAUACGAAUAUAGAAGCGUGUACUUUGUGUGUCAAAAGCCAUACCUCGAAAAUAGCAUUGUACAGAAAUCAUUUGAGAAAAACCACUAGCACAGAAAUAUGUACUGUUACUCAUUGCUGUUCAUAUAAAACUAUCAAAAUCAAAUAGUUCUUUUUCUUCCUAUUUUCUUUUUAAUUUGUAUUUGCAGCCAAGCUAUUAUAUAAUAUUUACUGUUCUUUAUUUUUUCAUAUCUUACAUGUACAAAGUGUGUUUUCCUAACAUUAUGAAA